AUGCGCUUCUCAAUCUUGUCAGUCCUUUCAGCGCUUUCAGCCUUGGGUCAUGCGCUCCCGAACAGCCUGCAGACGCGAGACGUCACUGCCGAUGAGCUGUCGGACUUCAAGUUCUGGGUUCAGUAUGCUGCCGCUGCCUACUGCUAUGACAGCUACACCGCAAAGGCCGGCUCCAAAUUGGCCUGCUCUGCCGGCAACUGUCCCGAUGUCGAGGCUGCCGGCGCCAAGAUCGUCUACGACUUUUCCAACACUACCAUUACCGAUACCGCUGGAUUCGUAGCAUUGGACGACACCAACAAGGCAAUUGUCCUAUCUUUCCGCGGCUCCUACUCUGUUCGCAACUGGCUCGCCGACGUCGACUUCCCCUACACCAACCCUGGCCUCUGUGAUGGCUGUGAAGCGGAAAUGGGCUUCUGGAACUCCUGGGCAUUUGUCAAAGACCCUAUUUCCAAAGUCCUCGACGAGACCGUUGCCUCCAACCCCGACUACGAACUAGUCGUUGUAGGCCACAGUCUCGGUGCUGGUAUUGCUACCCUUGCGGCUGCUGACCUUCGCGGAAUGGGACACCCUUCGAUCAAGAUGUACGCGUUUGCUUCGCCUCGCGUCGCCAAUCCCGCAUUGGCCGACUACAUUACCGCCCAGGGAAACAAUUACCGCUUCACCCAUACCAACGACCCUGUCCCCAAGCUACCUCUGCUUGCAAUGGGCUAUGUUCACGUCAGCCCUGAAUACUGGAUCACUUCGGGCAAUAAUGUUACAGUUUCGACUAGUGAUGUUCAGAAGCUUGAGGGUACGGUUAACUGGAACGGCAACACUGGAACCGGUGUUCCGUUAAUUUCGGAUUUCGCUGCUCACCACUGGUACUUUGAGCGAGCGGAUGGAUGUUUGGGAGCUGGUCUUCCUUUCAAGGCCUAA